UGUAGCACUCAGUCGCGGUCCGUUCCUUGGUACGACCGGACGUUCACGGGACGCUUUCAUUCGUUGGCCACGGUAGUUAGUCGCGAAUUGACAUCGAGAAAAUUGUAACAGUGUAUUUUUUUUUGUUUUAGCUACAGUGGAAAACGAAAGUAACACGGACGAGAUUUAGCUCAAGAUGAAAUGAUAACAAAGUUAACAAAGGGCCGGCGUGUGUGAUCAGGUUCUGGUUCAUAGAAUCAUAACCAAUUGGCUUUUCCACCCAAUUUUCUGAUAAUGGUUAAGUUGAAAGUUUUCUCAAAAGGGCUGUGCAAGCAAGUGUGUUCCCAGUUUAAAUUGUGCCUUGUUAAAGUUUUGCGCAUCGAAACGGCAUAAAAUCUACAUAUGGCGAUAAAAAGUGCGUGCUAAAAAUUAAGAAAAAAAAGUCCCAAGUGUUUAUAUUACUAAUUAAACAACAGCAACAAUGGUUUGUUAUGUACUUUAGCAAAAGAAAAAUAAAGUGAUCACCGUGAACAAAGGACUGAUCAUGUACAGCAUGACCGUCGGUAGUCAUAUUAGCUAACGAUGUACAACGAAGCAUCCCGGCUCGAAUUCAACCGCUCGAUGUUUUACAACGCGUUCGUUCUGUAUCAUUAAUAAUCAAUAGCAAAAACGUAGUUCAUUGCGAGUGUGCAGCGGAGAUUAAGGUAAACAAAAACAACAUGUACAACGAUAGCAAACGCUUCCAAAGCCGCAACCAUGGUUCAUUUCGCGAUGAGCCAAACACCGUCGGCAUGUUGCCGGAGAUGGAAAAAUGUUUUCCCUACUCUAUCCUAACGAAGAAGCACCAGCUGCUGCAAGCUGCUGUUGGUGGUGCUAAUGGUGUUAAUGUUGUAAAACCAUCGCCAUCUUCUUCUGCUAUCGCAUCUAGUUAUCUCAAUGCUGCCUUACUCCCGGUAACGGCUGGUACAACCGGUACGGGUGGUGUGAUGAAUCCACCCGCCAUGGCUACUCCAUCGGGCACAACCACAGCUACCACAUUCGAACCGAUCCCCGAUGUAAAUGGGUUUUACGGUAAUGCGAUGGUGACCGAUGUGGGCAUUUGUUUCAGCAUGAGCAACGUAAACCUUAACGGCCAUGCACCGACAAUUCCGCUUGCACCUCGCACGGAUGUAACACUACUGCCGGCCGCCCAUCUGCGACUCAGCUCACCGAAACGCGAACGACGAAAAUCGUACGAAGAUCCCGGACCGGAAACGGCACUGCUGAAUGCACGGCGGCGUGCAGCCGCAUUCGUACCAGUGGCAACCAAUGGGCGAUUUAAUCCGAGAAAUAUUCUCGGUACGUCGGCUCAACCUUCACCCAAUCCCGCUACCACCCAGCACCAUCAUCAUCUUGCUUCGAAUUUGCAGCAGCAAACGGCUUUCUUCCCAGCUUCAACGGUUUAUCCUCUGGCGCAUCAUCCUACGGCGGCAGCGAUCUCGCUUCCGAAGCAACCGCAGCUACCGAAUAUGCAUCAAGUGCAACAACCACUGCCACGCCAACGUUCCCUUGGGUUGGUCGGUAAAAGUGCGUACGGUAUUGUCCGUUCGACCAGCUCGGAUCGGGUACGAGGGACGGGCUCACCAUCGAUCGCUACCGGUAGCGUUUCGUCCACGAUCGGUACGCUCGGUGGACUUGGCAUGGCACGCUCGUCACCGCCAUACUUCAAACAACCACCCGGUGGUUCUAAACCAACGUCGGUAAACUAUUACCAGCCACCGACGACAGCUCCCAGUGCGAUCAUUUCUACGGUCAGUUCGUCACCGUACGGCAGCGCCGUCGUGAACUCUGCCACAAACCAGACGCAUGUGACGCCCAAUGGAUAUCAUCAUCGGGCAAACAUGCUCAAAUGUUUACCUUUAACGAGUUCUAUACCGCUCGCUGAUGGAUCUCCAGCCGGAGCAGCAGCAGCAUCAGCAGCAACCGGUUACGACUACUAUCGGUAUGCGAUUGAAGCGGCAGAAAAUGUUUCAAAGUUACAACCUUCCCAGUCGGCAGUAUUUCCCAGUACCUCCACAAUACCACCCGCGCUGGACGAGAGUCCUAAGCCACCGCUAAUGGAUUACAAUGGUUUGCAUCAACUGUUUCUGAAAUGUUGCUACAAUGAGAUGCAACUAUUACCGCCGCCGACUCCAGCAACCACGACUCCCGUCUCCAUUAUGCCGACCGAUGCAUCCGCUUCAACAUCCACCGGGACGAGUUUAGCAAGCGAUUCGCCAGCCAACGCUUACGAGUACGACACGGACCCGUGCAAGGUGUCGAAUCCAGCGGCUUACCCAACCGGACACUAUCCGCUAACGAGCCGCUCCUGUCCAAGCUCACCGAAUGGACCGCACUGCCAUGGUUCUUCUGCACUGCCAACAACCACUGCUGCUCCGUCCACCUGCUCAACGCCAAUCGAUGGUGGAAGGUUAUCGGUGAAACAGCAGGAUCGUGCGGAAACGAGCGAUGAAGAUGUACGCCCGAUGGAGAUAUGCAGCGAUGAGGAUGAGGCAAUGCAAAACGAUACGAUCGGUGCGGACGAGCGAGUGGAUGAUGAGCCGAAGGAUUUUAGUAUGAAAACGAUUGGCGCACCGGAACUGGUGGUAGGCGGCGGUGGUGCAUGGCCAACCGGUGAGCGAGAUGCUACCGAUAAGAAGCAGAUGGAUGACGUCGGUAAACAGCAAUCGAAAGAGUUUGAAGAUUGUAACCGAAAGGAGCUGAAAGCUGCACCAAAGAAGAAAUGGAUACGGCAUUAUAUGAAUGAUGAGCCACUUUCUAAUGGCCAUUCCACGGCACCACCCCUGGUCGUGAUCGCAACCAACGGAACGCAGCACCAUUCGAAGCAUCUGACCGUCAACCAUGUUGCGGUACCGAUCACGUCCAACACCUCACCGAUGACGAUCGAUCUCUCCACCAAGGGUUUGAAUCAUCAGCAAAACGCGCACUAUCAGCAACAACACGCCACGUCAGUGCAUCCGACGCUUGGCCUUUCGACGACACCGCCCGCUUCAUCCACGCUGUCAUCGUUAUCCUCCUCAUCGUCCUCAUCCUCCUCCUCGUCAUCAUCUUCCUCCUCCUCGUCGUCAUCGUCGUCCUCGUCGUCGUCGACGCUAACCGUAUCGCCGAUCGACGAUUCGCAAUCGUCGUUAAACCUCAGCAACGGUUCCAGCACUAACGGAUACAUUGCCAAUCAUAGUGCCAACGGUAGCUGCACAAACACCGCAGGCAUCGGUAGUUCAUCACCGUUGCCACCAGGGUUGACCAGUGUGUUGCCAAUCAGCAUCAGCAAUGCGUUGCAGGCGACUGCUGCUGCUGCUGCCGCCGCAGGAAGUCCACUGAACGGAACGAGUCCGAUUCUCGGUGCGGCUCAUCAUCCGACAGUGCAGCAUUUGCCGCUGGAAUUGCAACAGCAGGUGGCAGCCGGACUGUCGGUUGCGGCGAUCAACUCACAGGGCACGAACGGUGCCGCUGCAUUAUUUGCCAACAUUCCGACAGGAACGCGGCGACGGACGACUAGCUCUAACAGCAAUGGUGUCGGUACGAGAGAGGUACACAAUAAGCUUGAAAAAAAUCGACGGGCCCAUCUGAAGGAAUGUUUUGAGCAGCUGAAGAAGCAGCUAAAUCUUCAACCCGACGAGAAAAAGAUCUCCAAUCUGUCCAUUCUGCACGCAGCCAUACGGCAUAUACAGCUGGUGAAACGCAAGGAUCGUGAGUACGAGCACGAAAUGGAGCGGUUAGCGAAGGAGAAAAUUGCGUCCCAAAAUCGAAUUCUGGUGCUGAAGCGCGAACUCACACAAAAAGGCGAUAUUGAUAUAUCCCGGCUGGCACCGGACACCGAUAUUACGCCCAAUCCCACCAACGGCGCUGGCAGUCACAAUCUCGUCCCCGGCAGCGUUCAAUCGGAGCGAGAUCAACAAUCGGAUAUAGCCAUUGGUACCAACGUACCGGGUCGUAAUGGAAUUCGGUACAGUUCAAGUAGCUCGCUCUCCAGCAUAGCUACGAAUGCCUCCAUCACCAACCUGCCGCUUCAAACGACAAUCUCUCCGGUGCUAUCCGUAUCAUCGCCAACACGUGCCAGUCCGGCACUGAACCGAAGUUCGACGUCUCCAUUAUCGUCACUCUCGUCAUCUUCACCGUCCUCGUCGGUAUCAUCCAGCCUAUCGGUUUCGUCGGCAGCUUCGAACCUGCUGGUUCCACUGUCGCUUACCACCAAGGGUAACAGUAUGGAUGCGCACAACGUUAUACCGAGCACCGUCGGGCAGCAGACAACGGCGCUUAAAAUUACUACAGCGCCAUUGAACGGCUUAAACCUGAGCAAUUCAUCGCUGGCCAUGGUGAACGGUACCAGUAUCAAUGGUACGAACGUUACAUUAAACGGAACGACCACGACUGCCGCACCGUUGCCCGUUAUUGUCGGUGCAAAUGGUGCGACAAAUAUAGUUGGCAUUGCCCAUUCGCAGCUGCUGGCAACAACCACUGCAGCAGGCUCACCGGCCAUUCAAACCAUCCCACUGAACCUGAAUGUUACAUCCAGUGCUGUAAGCAAUGGUUUGAGUGGCAAUGGGCCCAUCGCUAUUACGACCGCCAACUCGGUAGGUGGCGUCAGCGGGACCCUGAGUCUGCCCAGUCAGGCCUUGCAGCUGACCAGCAAUGGUGGCAGUAGCAUCAACAGUAGUACGAUCGUCGGCACGGUCGCAAGAUCGGUAUACAACACAACGACCAUUGCCCCAACGCUGCCGACAUCGGCAACGACGACCGCGGUGCACGUGCCAGCCGUAGGUAGCAAAGAACUGAUCAACGGUACGAUCGGCAAGAACGGUACCGUACGGACUGAUAAUAGUAAGCUUGAGAUUAUCGCAACACAAUCACAACCCACCAACCACAGUACGGCCGUUAACGCUACGGCGGCCCUCGACCCACCGGGAACGAAGGUUAUCACGAUCAUGAAUGGUAACACGUUCGCUCUGGCUCCGUUGGAUAAGGACAGUAAGAUGGGCGUUGUUUACAGUCCCAUCUUGUUGCCGACAUCGCAAGGACUCCGCGUGAUACAGCAAGCCUCGAACGGAUUGGCAACGAUCGAGCUUGCACCGCCAAAUGGCGGCAAUCGUCUGCAGCUGCAUUUAACUCACUAAGAUCUGGGAAUGUUGGCCUGGAAAGCCCAACAGCCGCACAGGUGUUGUUUUUUUUUAAGAUGUGCGGCAAAAUGUGUGAAGAGAUCACUGAUGAUCGCUUACCGGAAAGAGCGAUCGUACAAAUACAACUAGCAAACUUAAAUAUUAUAAACAACAGUACGCCACAGCGGUAUGGAUGGAUCCCAUGGAUGCGGCAUCAACGGGGGAACCAAAACUCUGCAGUAGACAUCCAAGCAUCCAGACGUACCGCAAGUGUAGUGGGGCAUAGAAAGCGUUUUCAUCUACCGACAAAUGCUCACAUUUAGCCAUGUUGCGGUGUCGGCGUGCGGAAGCUUUUUAAUCUACCACGAUAGCAUUUUAGUGCACCAGUGGAGUUUGCUGUGAAACAAAGGGAUAUAGAAAGAACAGGGCAAGGAAAGGAUAUGAACUACUUAACUGAACGACUGAAGCGAUUUGUGAGCCGAAAUGGUGACCUAUCCUUUUAAGCGAUCGAUGAUACAGUACAAUCCGUAAAACCGUUCGCUCAACUUUCAACUGAAAUCGGACACUAAUCGGUCACACAUAUAACUAUUGAGCAAACAGCUAGUUCCUUGUAAAUGGUAGCGUAAAAGAUAUUCAUCAUUUCGUGUACCACUCACCCUGGGUAGAAAACUGAUGUGUUCCAGCUUUUGGAAGGCCAGUAAAAUGCAUCAACAUGUGCACGAAUGUUUUCUAGCGAAACAAAAGGGAACGAACGAGACAAUAGAGCGUGGAGCAAACCUAUUCCUUUCACCAUACUUUUUAUCGUCGUACUUCACGAAGGGCACCAACCAACAAAACUUAACCAAAACAACACCCAACAAAGUUCAUCCAUGAAACGAAAAUCAUCAAAAUCAUGUCCACAUGACCAAUUAGUCACAUGUCACAUUUUACAGUACUUCUUCCCUUGCGGGAAGAAUCCAGGAAGCUUUGGUGCGUGUGGUUGAAAAGGCUGUGAAAGCAACAAGAAGAAAAAAAUAAGCGGAGCAAAGCGCAAAUACGAUGCGUGUAGGACGUGUGCAAGAAGUUAUACGAAUCGGUUUCGGAAUUCUUCCUCUUUCAAACUGUCGGUGUCUCUCUCACGUUUAUGUUCGGUGUAUUGCUGUGUAUGUUGCUCGUAGAUGUUCAUUUCGUUCGAAAUGCGUACAAAAAAUACUAAUCAUGAAAUGCAAAACAAAGUAAACGCGAACUUAACGGUGAGAGCAGACGAAUACAAAUGGUAAAUCAUAUACCUUUUUGUAUAGAAUCCACAAGCAACACAACAUAUAGCAGAAGCAGAAGAAGAAGAAGAAAAACAAACAUACGAAGCACAGGUAAUAGGAUAAAUGUAUCAGCAAGGAUUAAUUCAUAAAUAUGUAGAACAAAACAUCUGCGGUACAGUAGCAAAACUAUACAUGAGAAAACUCAACAAUAAGCGUAAGCGAUAAACUCGAUAGAUUUGGUCAAUGCACGAGAAUAGUAGAAUUAGUGUUAGUGCUACUAAAUGCUACUGCUACUGUGGACAACAGCCACUACUGUACUACAAACUACUACUUCUAUUGCUACGAUCACUGUUGUGUUUAGAAUAGUAAACGUGUGUUGAUGUGCAUGUAUGUGUCUUUAUCAGUGUGUCCUUUGUGUGUAUGAUGUGGAACAUAUAUGUUCACAUGGGAUACCAACAAGCAAACAAACAAACAAACCAACCAAUGUGAUCACAAUGAAUGUGACCGCUAUACAGAACGGAGAGAGGGAUCAACUUGACAAUUAACUACCAGUAGUAGCAAUUGUUUACGUUUAUUUAGUGCAAUAGUGUUGGCGUACAGGAAAGCGAAAUUCGAGUUACAAUAAAACAGCAAGUCGUACGAACGAACCAUAGCAACAUUUAAAACAACACAAGUUCUAAAAGGAAGGCAACAAUUAGAUUAUUUCAUUCGUAACAUAGUUCUAAACCAAGCAUAAAGCAAACGAUCGUUAAUUAAAGCAGUAGUGUAGAGUAAAUGUAGCCAGUGAAUGCUUUUGAAGCCGAUUUUAAACUUGUUAAGUUCGGAUAAAGCUAGCAAAAGCGUUUGGUGAUGUUGUUCCACUCGCAGUACACUCGGCUGUUGCGCCGUUAACAGAUUUUUUUCUUUGCAUUUGCUAUACUUUCCUAUUCAAUUGAUUUCGUUUCCAUGGAAUUGGGAAGACAUGUUCUGCGUGUUCCACUGCAGAGUACUAACGAUUUGUCGCAACGAAACCAAAAGCUUCACAAGCAGCGGUAAUCCUCGCCGGAUUGCGUGCUGCGAUCGGAGGCAUUGGAGGAAUGGAUAAUGAGACAUAAAGACUUGGUAAACUACUGUACGGCAAGCCUAUCCAUUGCUUUCGCCGAACUGAUUGAAACAUAUAAAAGGGAAGACAUUAUAUUUUGGAACAGAGCAUAGGUAAUCUUUCUUCUUAAAGUAAAGGAAAUAGAUGAAACAACAAAGAAAAAACAAACAAUCAUUUAAAAGUACCAAAACACACAAAACACAAACACACAGACAUACAUGUAUAGUGAUCGAUUGAUCAUAUUCCAAAAGCGUGCCCGAUCAAUAAACCAUCCGCACGAUGGUGUAAGCAAAGUGCCGGUUGAAGCAACAAGCCAGAAGGAAAACAAGGGCGAUUAGCGAUAUAUAGUUUAUGAAACUUGUACGCAGCAUAAAGCAAGGAUGAAUUCUACAAACAUAUGAAGCAGGGCGAAAUACGAGAAAGAGAGCGCCUACAACACAUCGUACACAGUAUGUGAAGUAGCGUGUACAGCACAGUCAGAAUCGAACAGAAACGCAGCACUUUUACGUACACAAUUUGUAAACCAAACAACAACAAAAAAAAGUAUAUAUAUUUUUGUAUUGUAAAUAUAUUGUAAAAGUAGCACAGAGACAGGUGAAAAAGGGGUUAGGUAUCGAAGCGAAACAAACGGAAAUGAGUCAAAACAAAGUAAAAAAAAAACACGAAACGAAGUGCGUGAUUGUAAACUACAAAAAGAAUGUAGGGCAGAAGAAAGGGGUGAUAGGAAAUCGAAUGAAUGUGUGUAUUUAUUAUUUUUUUUAAACUUGUUUUGUUUUGUUUUUUUGUUUUUGAAUGAAGCAAUGAAGUGUGUUGUACAAGUGAUUCUACAAAAAAAAGAAAAGGCUAAAAGAAUGGAAUACGUCCACACAACGAAUGUAUUUGUACUUGAGCUUAAGCGAUAGUUCCCCAAAUGCAUGGUUGAUUCGAGUGUUGGAAAUAAUGGGAAGUGAACUAUUUUAAUUCCCAUCGUUGUAGCACACAAUUAACUACCAGAAACGAAAAACGUCUGCUGCAUUGCAAUUAAAGUGACUGAUAAGGAAAGAUAAUUAAAGACGUACACAAGAUCGAGAGACGAAACGAAAAGGAUGUAAAAAGGACGAUUGGACGUUUGUUUUAAUAUGUUUUAUUUUACCUUUUAAGGCACUAAGUUUAUUAUAUAUUGUACAGUAUUUAAAACAAAACACAAAAAAACCACACACAUACCCACACACAGACAAAAGUGUAAUAAAAAAUUAAAUCAAACAUAAUAUCGGGAACAUCAAUGCGUGUAACAAACUGCUGGAGUAUGGAAAUUCGUUUCAUGUAUGAAUAAGAGGGCAAGGGCAAGAGCAAUCAGUUGUAGAUAAAAUAUCGGUACUGUCUGCCGUAAAACGAACGGCACUGUUUGCAACCCAACUAUCAAUGAAUGGAACAACAGUUUGCAUAAAUGGUGAAACCAAAACCAAUUUGGUAUUUUGUGCAGUUUUGGAAAGUUGAAAAGAAACGAAACGAAAACUUUAUAACCAUAACUUUGCCUGUCGGGGUAUGUAUGGUAUGUAAAUCAAAAACAUUUAUUACAACAAAAAAAAGAAGAAAACACAACAGCAACAAAAAAACACACACAUGCAAGCAAAAAAGGUACAAAUGAACUCAAACCUCCAUCAUUUCGCGCAUGAGGAUGGAUGUUUGGAUAACCGACAAAAAAACACACAAAACGGAAGCUAGAGUUGUAGAAAAGAAACAAAUGGCAACAUUACAAAACUACAGACAAGCAGUACCGCGGUACACAACCCCAAUCAAUAAACUGUGAAGCGAUGUGCGCAAAAGGUGCGCAACAGUACAACGCAACGGUUCUCGGUAUAUGUGUGAGAGAAAGAGUGAUUUUUGUGAAACGAGUGCAUAAAACAGAACGACUGUGUCGUGUUUAAACAGGGGACGUAGCGAGAUGAAACGAAAAUGAAGCAAAACACUCAGCCGAAACAGAAACUGUAGUAAUAAAACUAUCACAUAUGGUAAAUAUGAUUAUCACUGAUGAUAAAAUUAUUGGAAACAACAAACAAAAUAAAACAAAGCAAAAAACUAUUUUAAAACAUUUA